AUGAUAAUUUUUCUACCCAUACUUACUUCAAUUUUAAUAUUGAUUUUAUUCAUUCUUGGAAAUUUUGCCAAUGGCUUUAUAGCACUGGUAAAUUUGGUUGACUGGGUCAAGAAAAAAAAGAUUUCCUUAGCUGACCAAAUUCUCACUGCUCUGGCGGUCUCUAGAGUUGGUUUGCUCUGGGUUUUAUCACUAAACUGGUAUUUUAAAGUGUUCAUUCCAGAGUUUUAUACUGUGGAAUUAAGAAUUGCUUCUUUUAAUGCCUGGGCAGUAACCAACCAUUUCAGCAUGUGGCUUGCUACUAGCCUCAGCAUAUUUUAUUUGCUCAAGAUUGCCAGUUUCUCCAAUCUUAUUUUUCUUCAUCUGAAAAGGAAACUUAACAGUGUCAUUCUGGUGAUACUUUUGGGGCCUUUGUUAUUUUUGGUUUGUCAUCUUCUUUUGGUAAACAUGGAUGAGAGUAUGUGGACAGAAGAACAUGAAGGAAACAUGACUGGGAAGAUCAAACUGAGGAAUGUAAUACAUCUUUCAUAUAUGACUGUAACCACCCUGUGGAGCUUCAUACCCUUUGCUCUGUCCCUGGUAUCUUUUCUGAUGCUAAUCUGUUCUCUGUGUAAACAUCUCAAGAAGAUGCGGCUCCAUGGCAAAGGAUCUCAAGAUCCCAGCAUCAAGGUCCACAUAAAGGCUUUGCAAACUGUGAUCUCCUUCCUCUUGUUGUGGGCCAUUUUCUUUCUAUUCCUAAUCAUUUCAUUUUGGAUUCCUAAGAGGCUGGACAAUGCACCAAUUGUCAUGGUUUCCCACGUUGUUGGAAACAUGUAUCUUUCAUUUCACUCAUUCAUCCUAAUUUGGAGAAGCAAGAAGCUAAAAGACAUCUUUCUUUUCAUUUUAUGUCAGAUUAGAUGCUGAGUGAAAGACCUAAAACUCUAAACUCUAUGGAUUCACAAGUAGGACAUCGUGUGUGUCUUUUGGGAGAAAACAAACUGAUAGUGUCUGGAACAUUUUAUACUUUCCACUGGGUUUUCUGUAGUGAAUGUGUUUGAGUAAUUUCUGAAAGCAUACCUAGAAAAGUCUUUUACGUAAAGUUAGUCUAGAUAAAGCAUCUAUAUAUGUGUGUGUAUGGGUAUAUGAAACACUUAAAAGACAUUGGCAAUAACAUAAUCUUGAUCAUAUCUUCACAAGCUGCCAAAAUAUGAAAAAUAUAGUAAAAAAUUUCUCAAAACUGUGAAGCCAUGUGUAUUUCACAUAUACAUUUCAUAUCAUGUUUUACUUAAAAAAAUAUUAUCUUCAUAAUUGUUAAGAAGUGAUACCUUAUCUCAGAAAACCAUUGCUCUUUUCUACUAUAAUUUGUACCACACAUAUGUACCUCAGUGUGCUUAAACAUGUAAUCUUUUUGAUAAUAAGGACACUCAAUUCUAAAUCAAUAAUGAGGUUUUAUCUUUGGGGUAGUUUUUAUUCCAUCAUGAAGUCUAAUUUUAUGUUUAGUUUAAGCCAACAAUUAUUAUUAAAAGAAGACGGACAGAAUAAUACUGAAGAGUGACAAAUACAUUUAGAACACAUUUUGUAUAUGUUUACCAUAAACAAUACUAAGGAUUAUUAAAUUUAAUACAAGUAUGUGAACAGUUGAGAAAAAAGUCAUUUCUAUAACAGGGAUGAAGGAAGAAACACGAUGACCUCUUCAGUGCUGUCAUAAGUCUCAACACAGAGUUAGAAAAGUAUUUCUUAAUGUUUCUGAGUUAAAACCUUUUUUGAAGUUGAGAUCUGAUGUCAAAUAUUUCAGGGUUUUCUUUUCUAAACCAUCUCAGAGCCCCUGAAUUGCCAAUUAUCUCCUCUGUCUUCCAUUCUUGAAAUUAUUUUUAAACUUCACGUAAAAGAACUUGAAUCUUUCCUACCUUAAAAAAAUACUCUAUGUAAAAAUAGUGUAGACAUUAUAAAAAUUAUUUGAUUUAAUUUCUUUGCAAAUGUUUAAAUGGCAUCUAUGAAAUCUAUAUAUUAAUGAUAGAAAACAUCUUAAAUACAUGUUUUAUUAUAAUCCAGUUGUAAAUAUCUAAUGACAGAAAUUGUGUUGACAACAGUAACAGCAAGUUCUAUUAUAGGAAGAAAAUGUAUACAAUCAUUAAACAAGUAAAUUCUACGGACUGUAUUACAAAUUCUUGGGGUUGUGAAAUUUUUACAAUGUUAUCUAAACCUUGGGAUAAAUCAUCUCUACAUCUGACUUAGUUAUUUCAUUGUUUAUUGUAUAUCUUUCCUGGUACAAUGUAAGCACCAUAAAAGUGGAGAUCCUACAGGUCUUGCUUACUGUUGGCUCCCGGGACCUAAAAGACACCACAUAGAAUAGGUAUUCAAAAAUAUUUUGAUAAACAAAUAAAUUGGUGAAUAGGAGUCAAUGAACUAUAUGGGGGUGGUAAACCAAUGAAAAUGAAACGUCAUCACAAAAAUCUAAAGUAGCAUAACUUUUUCUUUUCUGGUUUCAACCUAAGAUUACAGCAUUAUCUAAGAAGCAGCAUUUCUCAGAGUAAAAGUGUGGCCAUUCUAUGAUCGUAAGGGAAAUACCACUGUAAUAUAGCCCUGAGGAAGCCAUAUUAGAUGUGUGAUGGGAAGAUAAGAUGGAACAUCAAUCAGA